UAACCGCAUUCUGGUAGCCUCUGAACCCAAAUAUUCUAUUUUCACUUCCGGCAAUCUCCAUUUCACAACUAACUUUUCACGCAAUCUAUACAUACACCUAAACACAUUCUGUAUCUAUAAUCACAUUUCAAUGGAACAAGACAAUAUAAAUGAUUCUAAAUAUGAUGCUACUUCAAACGACGACGUCACUGCCGGCGAUUCCGACGGUGAUAACCGAUACUGCGACGCCGCCGAUGAGUUUCCGUUCUACGAUUGCACUGAUUUCGAUGAAAUUAACCGAUCGAUUGCGCCAGAAAGUUCAGUUUCGGAGUCGAAUUUGAUUAAACGAUCCGAAUCCGACCCGGAUUUGCUCAAACCGAAGCUCCGGCGCCGGAGGACGUUCUCUAGGUCCUCUCGCAGCGAUGAUAAGGAAUCGGGCGAUGAUUCCGCUGUAAGUUCUCUGUUUGAUGAUGCUAGAUUAGCUGUUUCUGCUAAAAAGUUUCGAUUUUUGCGCAAUAAUAAUUCGAAUAAAGACGAUAGUGAUGGUGGUAAAUUAGGUCCGCGUAAUGAUGAAUUUCAGUUACGGAGAAACGUUGAUGAUUCUAGUGAAGUAAUUAAAGCUGAUUCUGUUGUUACGAAUGAUAAUAGUGUAGUGCCUAGUGUAUCAAAUAAUGAGAGGACGGAGGAUUCAAAUCGAGUUGAUUCUCAAGUUGCUGUAGUGGAUAAUAGGUCUUCGGGUGUUCUGUUUAUGUUAGCUUGUUUUGUGAUUAGUGCUAUUGGUUUUCAAGUGAGUUUGAUUUAUAGGUUGGUUACAUUUCCGGUUUGGUUAGUGUACUCGGUAUACAUGUUUGUGGUUGAUCCUUUUCAGAUAUCGAGGCGGUGUAAAGAUUUUGUUAUAAGAAGAUUGUUAAAGUUAUUUGGUGGUAUAUAUGGUAGGGUUUCACCAAUGAUAUUUCAGUGGGUUAAGGAACAGAAAUAUGUGUGGAAGUUGGGAUUUCGAUUCGGGUGGGGAAUGUUAUGGUCGUUUUAUGUUUGUAUUGUGUUGGUUGGUAUUUUUGUAUCUGCAUUUGUUAUUAGUGGUUUUCUUGUGAGUGUUUUCGUAGAGGAGCCUGUUCACAUCAAGCAUCCGUUGAAUUUUGAUUACACAAAACCUAGUCCGGUUGCUUUGGUGCCGGUACUUUCAUGUCCAGAUGAUUCUUGUGGUGUAAAUUGUAGGGAGAAAAUUGAAAUUGGGAAGCUUGGUGGAUCACGGGUUAUCCCGCCCAAGCACAAAAUGGAGGUUAUUGUUUCAUUGACAUUGCCAGAAUCUGAUUACAACAGAAACCUCGGGAUAUUUCAGGUCAGGGUAGAUCUCCUUUCCGCAGAGGGUUUCACCUUAUCAAGUUUAAGGCAACAUUCUAUGCUGCAUUUCAGAAGCGAACCUGUCCGUCUUCUGUUGACUUUCUUUAAAAUUGCUCCUCUUCUUGCUGGCCUUUAUUCAGAAACCCAAGUUAUGGGCAUAAGAUUUAGAGGUUUUACCGAGAAAAAUGACCCCACUUCCUGCAUUAAGGUGAUUAUGGAGCAACGUGCAGAAUUUAAAUCAGGGGCUGGUAUACCAGAAGUAUAUGAUGCAUCUUUAAGCCUUCAGUCUGAACUUCCACUGCUGAGGAGGCUCAUAUGGUAUUGGAAAAAAACUAUAUUUAUUUGGCUUAGCAUGACUGUUUUUACAACAGAAUUGCUACUUGCUCUACUCUGCUGCAGUCCUUUGAUUCUUCCAAGAAGAACACGGAGGGGUAAUAUUAGUAAUAUUGGUGCUCCUCAAAACGCCAGUCCUGUUCAAUUUUAGCAAAAACUGUGUUGAUGGUAUUAAGUGGUUCUACUUCUAAUGGUUGAUCAACAUAUCUGGUGUGUUGUUGUACGACUAAUAUUUUAGUUUUCCAGUAUUUACGAAGUAUAUAUUAGCACAUUUAUUAUCAAUCAACUAAUCAAGUUAAAAUUGCCAACCAAGAUGUUGGUUAGAUGUUAGUACUUUAUAUGCAACUUUGGCCCGAAGUUAAAACUAUGUUAAUACGAUCACAUUUAUUGUUCUUAGAA